GUACUGUUAACUCUGUAAGAACACUAUUUGGUGAGUCCGUUCCACUUCUAAGAUGUGUGUGUUCGUGGUAAGCAUCAAUUUACUGGUCAGGGCAAUGACCGAAACGUGUGUAUAUAAUCCCAGAAAGAAUUGCGCAAUGUUACACAGAUUCAAUAGGUUGGCAAGCUUUGAACCGUAAGGCAUACGGUUAUAAAGAACUUGAACUUGGCAGUUUUACAUAAUAUGUAGAGGAAAUCAAUUGUUUUUGAAGUACAUAAAAAUAAAGCAUAUAUAUAUAAGACAAUUCGGGUUGAGGUGAGAGACCCGCAGGACAGUGGCAAUACCCCUCUCAGAACGAUGCGACAGUAUCACAUUUGUUGUUGUGUAUUUAAAGUUCUUUGGGAAGGUCUAAUUUCUGCAUGAAUGCGCAUUUAGAAUCGCCCGAACUAAAUUGUUGAAUUAUUCUCAUGAAAGGGUAAUUGCGCCGCGAAACUCAAACAGACCGGUGACAGCUUCCGUGAAGUUCUCUGGAUUAUUUAUACCGGUUCAGUUUAGAAUUUCGUAACUUUGUACUUUUUAAUGAAAUGAAUCGAUUGGAUUGAACAAUGGACAGACACAGACAUCGAAAGUAUCGUGGUGAUUAUAUAGAAGAUCCCAACUUUUUUCCUACAAGAGACUACUACGACAAUGCAUUAUACCCAAACCCCCAUAAAGUGGGACGGUCCGCUCUGGGUGUGCAUGCAGGAUAUCUACCCUCAGUCCAGCAUAGCGGCUGGACAGAUGGAGGAUCAGAAGAACGUCUGCACAAACACAGGCGGGAUACAAGCAGUUCCUGGUCCAGCAGAAAGACACGAACUGUUUGGGCAAUAGUUGCAAUAGUAUUCAUUCUGGCAAUCGCUGCAGGUGUCGGUGUCGUUAUCUUCCUAACUAGUCAAACCUCAGAUCAAAAAGAUCCGCCAUCCUCACAAACGAUUUUCGAGGGCAGUGUAAAAGUAGAACAGACUUGGACAGAUCGCUAUAACGACCCAAGUUCUGAAGAAUACAGAAACGCAAAGGCAAACUUUGAAAAUACGAUGAAUACACUGUACAGAAGUAGUAAUUUAGCAGGGCAGUAUGACUACACGGAAGUGACAGGUCUACAGCCAGGCAGCAUAAAUUACAUUUACAACAUUGUGUUUAAAACGUCUGACGCAGUUGUGACGUUACCCUCCGUCAAAACCGUUCUACAAGACGCGAUAACGACAGGGAGGAUAACCGAGAUUUCUUCGAAUAUUGUGAUAGACCGUUCAACUGCAGUCAUCCUUCAAGAAAAAUCAACGAGUAGAGUUACAUCAACAACGAUGUUAACUGAAACUCCAGAAAACACACACACAACUACUAUCCAAGAACAGACAACAACUCAACCACCGACGACAACCACUCAACCACCGACGACAACAACUCAACCAUCGACAACAACUCAACCACCGACUACAACAACUCAACCACCGACGACAACAACUCAACCACCGACGACACCAACUCAACCACCAACCCAACCACCAACUCAACCACCGACAACUCAACCACCGACGACAACAACUCAACCACCGACGACAACAACUCAACCACUUACGACAACAACUCAACCACUUACGACAACAACUCAACCACCUACGACAACAACUCAACCACCGACUACAACAACUCAACCACCGACGACAACAACUCAACCACCGACGACACCAACUCAACCACCAACUCAACCACCAACCCAACCACCAACUCAACCACCGACAACAACUCAACCACCGACGACACCAACUCAACCAUCGACGACAACUCAGACACCAACUCAACCACCAACUACUCAAACAUCGACAACUCUGACACAUACAGAAUCAAAAACUCAAGCAUCAUCAACUGAAACACCAACUCCCACUUCUACAACAGAGGUUCCUACAACAACAGAAGCUCCACCUCCUGCACCCGUGAUUUUUGAUGGAACCAUCAUAGUCAACCAAACCUGGGAUGACAAAUUAAAUGAUUCUAGCACACCUGAGUACAUAACGGCUAAAGAGGAAUUUGAAAAUGCUAUGGAUGUUUUGUAUCAAAACAGCUCCUUAUCGGAGAGGUACAACCGUACAGAGGUACUGGGAAUUCAGCCGGGUAGCAUUAAAUACGACUACAUCAUGAUUUUCAACCCUGAGCCCCCGUCUCCUUUGCCCCCGACAGUAUUUCCCAACACUACAGAAGAACCUGGUGAUAACAACCACACCGCGGAACCAACGAGUCCACCCCUCAGCUUUAAACUGUCCACGACGUUUGUUAUGCAAGUUCUGAAAACAGCUAUAUCUUCUGGGAAAAUGAAGGAAGUGUCUCCAAUGUUAAAUAUCGACGAGACCUCGGUUGUGGCAAUGGAAGAGAGAACAACGACAACUACCACAACAACCACCACUACAACAACAACACCAACAACAACAACACAAAGAACAACACAGGCAGAUACAACUGUUGUCCACCCCGCGACACCGAUGACAACCUUUAUCCAUACAACAGCUCAGACAACACCAGGAACAACUGAAUUAAAAACUACCACAUCAACCUUUACCACUUUGCCAAGAGAAACUACCACUAUGCCAAGGGAAACUACCACUAUGCCGCUGGGGGAGGUCUCCUAUCUGACUGAUGUUGAGCUGAAUAUAGUCCCGUAUUCCCCGGAAUUCAGGAACCACAGUAGCCAGGAGUACAGAGACAUGGAGGCGUUAGUUACCAGUGUGGUGAAUCCUAUAUUUUCAACUAGUUAUCUACAUGAGAACUACAUUGGCUCCAUUUUAAAGAGUGUAAGACGUCAUGGAAUUUUCGGCAGUGUUUUGACCUACCAACAGAUGUUCUAUAAACGUGUAAUGACUAUGCCGAACAAUCAGAAUGCUACAAUGUCUAGUGGAAUGGUUCAUAAUAUGACAUUAUCAAGUUUGUCAUCUAUAAAUUCUAACCUUGGAAUGAAUAUUGCGGAGGGUGAUGUGCACACCAGAGAGAUGGGAGUAACAUCAUUUAGCUGCUCUUUUGAGACACCAGAUGAGGAUUGUUUUCUUCAGAAUAUCAAUUCCAGCAACCUCUGGAUGAAAGGAAUGAAUUCCACUCCCUCUGCAUACACAGGUCCAUCCGCAGCAUACAGCGGGGACUACUAUAUGUUCACUCCAGCACUCAGGAAUGGAAAUGAUAAUGCUUCGUUUGUACUGCAAUCUGGAGUUCUUUUUGAUUCUGCCACACAUUGUCUUAGUUUCUAUUACCACAUGUAUGGAGCUGAGAUGGGUACGUUGAGAGUCAACAUUUCUUACGAACAGAUGGGAUUUUCUCUCCCUCUCUGGGAGAUAUCUGGAGAUCAGCAAAAUCAGUGGCAUUUUGGUCAAAGGGAAAUUGAUUCUGCUUACUUGAAUAUCGCUAGGGACGGAUAUAGGCUGAGCUUGAUGGGAAUAAGAGGAGGCAACUCAAUGAGUGACAUAGCUGUCGACUAUAUAAACUUGGAAAAAGGACCUUGUUAUGAAAAAGCAACAACAACAUCAGCAUCACCAACAAUGCUCCCAACAACUACAUGGACACCACCAGGGUCAUGUGGGGGAACAUUUGUUGGACAAUUAUAUGGAGAUAUCAGAAGUGAAAACUAUCCCAACAAUUAUCCGAAUAGUGCACGCUGUACUUGGAACAUCACAGUGCCACAGGGAUUUGUUGUCAAACUACUUAUUGUCAACUUCAACACUGAAAGUGGAUACGACUACGUGACAAUCUAUGACAAUGUAGGAAGAAAACAAAUUGCAAGAUAUUCUGGUUCCAUACCCAGGGGAACAGAAGUGUACUCCAGUGGAGAGUCAAUUCAAAUUCUUUUCACCUCUGAUUCAUCAGUUACUAGAUCAGGAUUCCAUCUGCAGUUUCAAGCUAGCGACCCCCCCGAAAUACCCUGCACAUACUAUCAGAUACCAUGUCCAACUACCGGGAGAUGCAUUUAUCGACACCAGCUCUGUGAUGGUAUUCGGAACUGUCCCAAUGGAUUUGAUGAAAUGUACUGCAGAUCAGGAAAUGAAACUACAUCCACAGUGUCUCCAUACAACUCCACAGUGAGCCCUGGGUACAACAUGACAACAUCCUUACCAUACAACACCACAACAACUAGCUACACCACCCAGUUCACCACCUCCUCCCCUCCCAUCUAUAAUAUCUCAGACAUCCGGCUUGUUAAUGGUGAUAGCUGCUAUGAAGGUAGAGUUGAGGUUAAAGUGAAUGGUACAUGGAAUACAAUCUGUACCAACAACUGGAAUCAUGCUGCGUCUAAAGUCACCUGUAGAAUGGUAGCACCAAGGUUCACCUCGGCUGAUGUGAUGCCAUCAGGUUACUAUGGAAAUGCUAACAGUGAGGUGGAACCUAUUCUGUUAGAUAGCCUUUACUGUAAUGGCUUUGAGUCUUCUCUCAGUAAAUGCUCGAUGUCUUUGGGAUCUUCUAAUUCAUCCUGUAAGGGGCACCAACAGUACGCUGCUGUGAGAUGUAAUGGAGUGGAUCCGGUUGCUGUCUCAGAAGUUGUAGGAAAUGGUUUAUAUUGUAAUUUCGAGUCGUCAUCCUGGGAAUCAGAUCCCAGCUGCGGACUAUAUCAGUCGACCACGGAUAGACACUCAUGGACUCGGUACUCAGGAUCCACCCCCAGUUCUUCAACUGGUCCAACAUCGGCUGCAGAGGGAACAUAUUAUCUUUAUAUUGAAACCUCUAGUUCUUCCUACAACUACGCUAAUGCUGUUUUAAUCUCAAAGAAUAUAGAUACAGGUGAUGGUGCAUGUCUUAGCUUUGAAUACCACAUGUAUGGUACAGAAAUCAACACCUUGAACAUCAACGUUUCCACUCCUGUCAGUGGUAGUAAGAGGCUUUGGUCGAGGUAUGGGGCCCAAGGAAAUAAGUGGCACCAAGCUUUGGUUUCAUUGCCAAAAAGCUCUUCUUUACAGAUAUUUAUUGAGGCAAUACAAGGGAGCACUUUUCGAGGUGAUAUAGCCAUUGACAAAGUGAAUGUUCAACAAGGAUCAUGUGAUGAAAUACCGCAGAUGGACUGUGACUUUGAGUCAACAACAUGGAGUUCAUCUUGUGGACUUUACCAGUCCUACAGUGACCGGUAUGAUUGGAUUCGACGCUCAGGAUCCACGCCCAGUUCAUCAACCGGUCCAACAUCCGCUGCUGAGGGAUCGUAUUACCUUUAUAUUGAGACCUCUUCUGCAGUAAACAAAGCCAGUGCUGUUUUAUAUUCACAAAAUAUUAAUACAGGGGAUGGUGCAUGUCUGGACUUUGAGUACCACAUGUAUGGCUCAACAAUUGACACCUUGAACAUCAACAUUUCCACUUCUGACAGUGGGAACGGGACUUCUAGUAACAGGAACGGGACUUCUAGUAACAGGAACGGGACUUCUAGCAGCAUCAUGCAGAGACUUUGGUGGAGACAAGGAAACCAGGGAAACCUGUGGCUCCACGCCUCUGUGCCACUGCCACGCUCCUCGUCUCUACAGAUUUACAUUGAGGGGGUAUAUGGCAGUAGUUACACUAGUGAUAUAGCCAUCGACAAAGUAACCGUGAAGGCUGGAUCUUGCAGAGCUACACCAAAAAUUUACAAGUGUGAUUUUGAAGAUAGUGUUUGGAGUUCUUCGUGUUUCUUACAAUCUGGACCUGGUUCAACAUACUGGCAGCGUUACAUUGGCAACACCCCUUCAGUUGGAACUGGCCCUAGAAGUUCACAUGGUGGCUCUUAUUACAUGUAUAUGGAAUCUGACUAUACCUAUACAGGAGGAAAUGCAGUGCUUUCUGUUAGCCCAGGGGUAUAUUUCAAUGGCCCAAGUUGCCUGGUUUUCUAUUACUUUAUGUACGGAAGCACCAUGGGAACUUUAAGAGUGAACCAGACAUUGGAAAAUGACAGAAACUCCGUUCUCUGGCAGAGAACUGGUGCUCAGGGAUAUGAGUGGAAACAAGGCUAUGUGGACCUCACGAAUACGAAUGUCACCAUAGAAGCAAUACGAGGUCCUGGCUCCUAUUCAGACAUAGCUAUUGAUGAUGUUUACAUUUUGAAUGGAACAUGCAACCCCACCAUUUGUAUCCCUUACACAGAGAGCAGUGUAAAUUGCACAUUUGACAGGACAAACUGCAAUUACAAUAACACAGUCGGUGGAGCUCAAUGGAAAGUGAAUGGGUUGGGAUAUCAUGGUUGGGAUCUUCCCAAGGAUCACACAUCUGGCAAUGGUUCCUUCAUAUACUAUCAAGACUUGAAUGGAAAUGAAGGUGAUAGUGCUGUUCUGGAGUCGCCCAACUUUACGUCACCUGACAAUGCCAGGUUAGGGUUUUACUACCAUAUGAAUGGUGCCAUGACAGGUCAUUUAUCGGUGUGGGCCAACAGUAGGACAGGGUCACGACUAGGGGACAUUCUGCUACAGAAACAGGGGGAACAGGGAGACCAGUGGUACAGCUUCUGUACGGAAAUACCUUCCAACACAGAAAUGUCACUGCUUUUCAAGGGCACACGGGGCACGGAGGGAUUUAAUCACAUUGCAAUAGACGAUAUCAUGGUGGACAGUGGAGAUUGCCCAAAUGGCAUAAUGGAUACUCUUUGUGACUUUGGACAACCAGACAUAUGUGACUACACAGUGAAUUGUACAGGUUGUAAGGAGGCUUCGCCAUCCUUCAAAUGGAGACGAAUUUCAGGAGGGACCACCAGUGUGAACACAGGUCCUAAUAGUGACUCCCCACGCAAAACGGAUCCUGGAGAAUACUACCUAUAUGCUGAGGCUAGCUAUGGAAGGAUGGCAGAAAGUACUGCUGUGACAUUCCCAGAAUUCUCAGUUGAUGGUCUGAAAUCGAUGCUCAAUUUUGACUACCACAUGUUCGGUGCUGAUGUCGGCAGAUUGAUAGUACAGAUUCAUGAGAAAACCUUGGAUUCAAAGACUUCCGUCUGGAGUAGAUCAGGCAGUCAUUGGCAUAGCUGGGCUCAAUCCUGUGUGGAUUUAUCAGACUACACUGGGAAACGGGUGCAGGUUUCCUUCAUAGCGACCAGAGGAGAGGGACCACUUGGCGACAUUGCAAUUGAUAAUGUUGAGAUGUCAGAAAGUUGUCAAGUUUCAGAUGCAGUUAGCUGUGAUUUUGAAAAUAGAUGUGAUUACCAGCCAGUUAAUUCCACUCUGAAUUGCCAAUCGUCGACUCUCUAUUGGAAAUAUUCACAACCGAUUCAAAACCGCCGAUCAUAUCCAUAUUAUGAUAACACCUUGAAAUCUUCAUAUGGUCACUAUUGGAGUGUUGGAGAUUGGUGGUAUUCCUCGUUCCAGGAAGGAGAUAUGGCUAUGAUGGUUACUCCUGUGUUUUCACUUAAAGAUACAGAUAUUAUCAGCUUCUAUUUUGUGAAAGGACACCAGUCCAAGCUCAAAGUUGGCUACAUAUUAUCUUCAGAUUUAUCUACGAAAACACGAUCCCCAAAUGUUUCAGAACUGUCUGAUUCUUACACUGGCUUUACAACUUUAUGGUCAAAUGUCAACUUCAUUCCAAUAUGGACUCCUGCGUGUGUAGAAUUGGGACAAAACUUGAGUGCCAUAGCCUUGGUGUUUGUGUUGGAGUGUGGCCCUGUUAGCAGUGGCUGUGUUGCUUCUAUUGAUGAUGUUCUUGUGAAUGCGACAGACAUAUGCGCUGGUCGUCCAUCAGCAGUUUAUUGUACCUUUGACAUGCCAGAACAGUGUGGAGAAACUUUUAGUUCUCAGGGCACCUGUAACUUAUUUGGUCCAGAAUUUAUGUGGUAUCACCACAUGACAAUAGGUGGACCUUCUUAUUCUCCACCCUCUCCAUCACUUCCAGGCAUGUCAAGCACUAUGUAUGCAUCUGGUGGUUUCAUGUAUGCAAGUUCAGUGUAUGGAAAAUCCCAGGACACAGCUACAAUGAGUCUCCCAUCAUUUAAGGCCGUGAAAGGUUCCUCAUUGAGGUUUAAGAUGUAUCUGUAUGGUGGUGCCAAUGUACAUGUCAUGGUGAAUCUCAGUACUGGAGCACAGAUUAACUUUGUUGCGUUCCGUAGUCCCUCACUGACGUGGAAUGACGCAUGUCUUGAUCUAGAGGAGGCUGAGGUGACCGGCGUGUCAUUCACCACAGGCAGGAGUGUGGAUCCUUACAGUUUAAUAGCCAUCGAUGAAAUCUUCUACAAUGACACAGCAUGUCCUGUGUUAACAGCUAACUGUACUUUUGAUGUUGACUUUUGUGGUUAUGUGAAAGAUCCCUACUGGACUCUGGAAAGAAGAUCAAAUUCAUCAGAUAAUGAAUCUUACGCUGCGAUGAGGAGAUCAUCAUCCAUCGGCACUUUGGUGUCUCCCCUGGUCUCUGGAGUGUCAGACCAGUCCUGCGUACAGCUGGAAUUUGUAGUGCGCUAUUCUAGUUACAAUACACUCACUGUGACAUUAAUGGAUGCAGUGACAGGGAGGAAUGUAUCGGUCAAGUCCGGAUACUCCUUUGCUGGACAGUGGAGAUGGUUAAAUGUGCACUCCAACUUCACAUCAUACUAUAUUUCAAUGACAACUGCUUAUGGAAACAACUACUACUUUGGAAUAGAUAACUUGAAAGUUACCCCAGGACAAUGCCCACCAAUACAAUGCCCGAGUGAUGAGUUACUCUGUGCCAGUGGUGAUGUGUGCUAUGCGGCCAGCAGGAAGUGUGAUAACGCCCUGGACUGUGUGGAUGGAAGUGAUGAGAUGAAUUGUGGAACCCCGACGUUUGACUGCAACUUUGACAACAUAUCCAUCUGUGGAUACAGGGGCUGGAACUUCAGACGGGAUUCAACAAUGGAUCACACAAAAGAACUACAACCAGCAAGCAAUUCCAUCGGAGCUGCUAUUGCCAUCUUCUACUCAUCUUUUACUCUUGGAUUGCUGAAUCCACCGACUGUCAACUUGACAAAGGACUCCUGUCUCUCAUUCUACUACAGAGCCACUUAUUACAGAAACUACAAUUCUCUUCUGCGAAUCAUCAGAAAUGAAUCAGACUUUUUGACCUCUUUGGCUGAGUUUGACUCCAGUGUCAGGAACCUCUGGCUGCGGCGGAGCGUCAACAUCAGCAGAGGGGAGCUGUCACUUCUUUUUGAAUUCUCUCCCCUCCAUGCUAAUGUGCCUGGUAACUCGGAUGGAAUGUAUAUCGAUGAUGUCCAACUCACAGAGGGAUACUGCGAAAAUCUAGUAUGUGAAUCCUCUGAGGUCUACUGCAGUGUAGAGGACGUCUGUUUACCUUUCAAACUUAGAUGUAAUGAACAGAGAGACUGCUAUGAUGGCAAAGAUGAGGAAGGAUGUGUGUUCAACAUCACCUGUGAUUUCAAUGAUGAACAUUUAUGUGGAUAUCACAGUAAUUGGACUACUGCCACCAGUUUGCCAGGACCCAACUCAACCAACAGCACCAAGUCUGAUCCAUUCCUUGUGGCUGGAAGUACAGAAACCAUAUACAACCAAAGCUUGACAUCACCAAGACGUUUGUUUUACGGAACAUCAUGUUUGUCUCUAGAUGUGGCAAAAGUUCAUCUUCAUCCAUACUCGGCGUCAUUUCUCUUAAUCAGUUCAAGCUACUCGUCUUCAUCAUCUCUACUGGAAAUCAACGACUUCAGCCUGUUGAACAGUUCAUGGCAACGUCAGGAAGUGACAAUUUACAAUUAUUACUCUGGAGCUAGUUUGAUAUUUUCUGCCACCACAUUCCAUGCUUAUGUUGCCAUAGAUAAUGUGAAUAUAAAGUAUGGGAUGUGUUCAUCAGACCAAUCAACAACAAGAUACCCUUUUACAAGUGUACCCCAGAGCACAGCAGCACCAUAUGGUUGUUACAUGAACAGAUAUUAUGGUUUUGAAGUAGCACAACCACCUGUCACGGUUUAUGGGAAUAUGUCAAUCUCUCAGUGUGAUAACUACUGUUUGAGUACUAUUACAUGCUUGAUUACAGUGCACUUUGUGCAUAAUAGUACUUGUAUGUCGUACUAUACCUUGAAUGGUGCUUCCAGUCUGGUUCCAUCAAGUCAUAAUGCAACUAUUGGAUUGAAGAAUUGCUCCUCUUAUGUAACUACAACAAGAUCACCAUCUAGCUGGACAUCCUCACCAUCUAACUGGACAUCCUCAACAUCUAACUGGCCAACACCUUACACAACACGAAGCCCCAAUGUAUCAGCACCAUACGAUUGUCACAUAAACAGAAUAUAUGGAUACCAUAUAACCUAUCCACCUGUUGCAGUUCAUGGAAACAUGUCAGUCUCUCAGUGUGAUGACUACUGUAUCAGGACUACUACAUGCUUGGUUACAGUGCACUUUGUGCAUAACAGUACUUGUGUGUCGUACGAUACAUUGCUUGAUUAUUCUUAUGUGGUUCCAUCGACUUACAAUGCAUCAGUUGGAUUAAAAAAUUGCUCCUAUAAUGGAAAAACUACAGAACCUCCUCAACAGUGCAGUAACCAGUCUAAUUGGGGACAAUGUUCAGGAAAUGAUGUCAACUGUUUCAACGUUGCAUGGACUUACGACUCGAAUCAGAUUACAUUUACGAUUAAGGCCUAUUUGGAAGGGAAUCAAUGGGUUGGCAUUGGAUUCAAUGACAAAAAGGCUAUGGCUGGUAGCGAUGUAAUUGUGGGAUGGAGAACAGAAAGUGGUAUUACUGUUAUUCAAGACAGAAAGGCGCAUGGCUAUAGCGAACCAGUACUGGAUAGCCAACAGAAUGUUACCUUACUAUCGAGUGCUAGAGUGGAUUCAGUCACAACUUUGACCUUUAGUCGACCUCUGGUGGCAAGCGACGAAAAUGAUAUGUCUCUGUCAUAUAACUGUGCUUAUUUCAUCUUUGCCAAGGGUGGAACCUACACCAGCAGUAACGGAAUAACAUAUCAUAGCAACACUCCCAUCAUAUCUAAUGAUAAGAUAUGUAUACCUUGCACUCCAGCUUAUGUAACUACAACAAGAUUACCAUCUAGCUGGACAUCCUCACCAUCUAACUGGCCAACACCUUACACAACACGAAGCCCCAAUGUAUCAGCACCAUACGAUUGUCACAUAAACAGAAUAUAUGGAUACCAUAUAACCUACCCACCUGUUGCAGUUCAUGGAAACAUGUCAGUCUCUCAGUGUGAUGACUACUGUAUCAGGACUACUACAUGCUUGGUUACAGUGCACUUUGUGCAUAACAGUACUUGUGUGUCGUACGAUGCAUUGCUUGAUUAUUCUUAUGUGGUUCCAUCGACUUACAAUGCAUCAGUUGGAUUAAAAAAUUGCUCCUCAUCAUCCAACUGGACAACGGAGAGCAAUAGGCAAACAACCCAGAGCCCAUGGUGGACAACAACCCAGAUUCCACAUCAAACAUCCAAUCAAAAUAGCUCUCAAUCAACAACAACACAGAGCCCAUGGUGGAGAACAACCCAGAUUCCUCAUCAAACAACCAAUCAAAAUAGCUCUCAAUCAACAACAACACAGAGCCCAUGGUGGAGAACAACACAGAUUCCUCAUCAAACAACCAAUCAAAAUAGCUCUCAAUCAACAACAACACAGAGCCCAUGGUGGAGAACAACACAGAUUCCUCAUCAAACAACCAAUCAAAAUAGCUCUCAAUCAACAACAACACAGAGCCCAUGGUGGAGAACAACACAGAUUCCUCAUCAAACAACCAAUCCAAAUCCCUUUCAAUCAACAACACAAUACCCAUGGUGGAUGACAAACACUUCUACCACACAAUAUCCUUGGGGAACAUCAAGUACAAACUGGUAUUCGUCCACGACUCCAAUGCCUUUGAUAGAUGGUUGUUACUUGAUCAAUGAUUGGAACUGUCAAAAUACCUACAAUGCAACACUUCUGCCUAAUAUUUUUGGAUUGACUGACGUGGAUGUGAUAAGAGCCCAACUCUAUGGAUUAUUGAAUCAGAUUUUAAAUCCGUAUUCCGUCCCAGCAGUAUGUCGGGAACCUGUCAGGGAAUUGUCUUGUGGAAUGAUGUACCCCAAGUGUGAGAAUGGAUCCACCCAACAGAUUUGUCGAAAUUCUUGCCAAGAUGUUGGUCGUCUCUAUGAGGGAGAAUGCUCUUUAUAUGCACAAGGCUACAACAUUUCUGAAUUCUUCAAAUACUAUUGUGGAUUCUUGCCAACUGAAAAUUGCAUUACAGUAACACUUAAUGUUAGCAGUGUACCCAUACCGUCAACAACCAUGCCUACUCCAUCAACAACAGCAGUUUCAUCUUUUGGUGGUGUUAGAUUCCGUACUAAUAGUGGAUCUAAAUCAGGAUUACCGGAAAUCUUGUACAAUGGAGUAUGGAGGCCGGUGUGUUAUACCUACUUUUAUGAUGCAGCAGCUAAUGUACUGUGUAAACAACUCCAAUUUGGUGGAGGAAGGAGAAUGACACCUAUCACAGAAUACACCUAUUUAACAUACAGAAUGUCCUGUUACUCGUCUCGGUUAGAGGAAUGCUAUAUCUCCACGUACUACUCGUGUUCUUCUCUGGCCACUAUCAGCUGCUAUGACAGUAGCCUCAAUUGUUCAUUUGAUGAGACCUGGAAUGACUGUGGCUAUGAUUUAGGAACUUGGAGGAUUUCCUCCUCGACCCUUAACCUUCUGUAUGCUUCCUCCAAUGUCACUUCCCCUGAAUUCACCAGCCCAAGAAAUGGAAGCGUUAAGUUCCUAUUUUCUGUCUUCAUGGAGAAUUUUGCAGUCUUGAGGCUCCACAUGGUAACAGACACAACAAGUCAGGUGACAGAUUUCUCUGGCUCUGUACCAAACACAUGGCUUACAAGAUGUGUAAAUCUUCCCUCGGAGAAAUCGAUGAGACUAGUUUUUGAGGGCCUUUAUUUGUCGACUGCCUAUUCCUCUAACUCGAUUUUGUCUUUGGAUAAUAUCACCAUAUCAGAUCAACCUUGUAAAGGUUUCCCGGAUGUGUCCUGUACGUUCGAUGAUCCGUGGGCUUGCCCAUUUGAUGUAGACUGCCCCAAAUUUAAGACGCCUUCAUCAUUUAGGUGGAAACUCUCAAACGUUUCACAAUCAGGUGCGGUACUGAUAGCUAAUGCCAGUCAAGGUGAACCAGGGCAAUCUGCGACAUUCACCAUUCCUCUAAAUACAACUUCUGGAGAGACGUUACAAGUCCUGUACAAAAUGUCGCACGGUCGCUGUAACGGGACCAGUACCCUGGAGAUUAGCCAGAAGGAAGCAGGAUCUUCGUCAUUGUUGUGGAAAUCCAGUAGAAAUGUGAUUAACUCUUGGAAAUGGUUGUGUGUCCCUCUUGUGGACAAUGUGAUGGGUCAUUUAGAGUUCAAAGCCAUUCGAGGGUCAGCUGUUCUAGAGAAUGUCGAGAUUGAUACAGUUCAUGUGUCUAAAGACAAAUGCCCACACCCUGCAUCCUGUCAAUUUGAAAAUGAAGAUGUUUGUUCGUAUGUCUUGGAACAAAGCACAUCACAAUUUUACUGGAUGAGAGGCAGUGCUGUUAAUAAUGCCCCUCUCCAGGAUCCAUCACAUGGCAUCUCAGGAUAUUACAUGUACACCCGAACUUGUGUCAACACUCGGACAUACCAGGAGGGUGCAGUAGCUCGCCUCUCUACACCCACAUUUCAGGUCUCAACAAACAUGCAGGUUUCCUUUUACUACCACAUGAAUGGAUCAGAUACGGGAGUGCUGAAUGUGUAUAUCAACUCAGUUUCCAGUUCCACCCAGAGAGACGUCUUUUCUAAGACUGGUAGUCAGGGAGAUAACUGGUAUUUGGCGUGUGUGAAUAUACAGGGAAACAACGACACUGUUUCUAUGACUUUUGCUGCUUCCCAUGGUGUUGGAUGUGAUUCAGUAUUUGGAAUUGACCACGUUGUUGCAAAUGAAGGAACUUGUCCAUAUCCAUUGGUGGACGUGAUGUGUGACGUCGAGAACCCAGACUUGUGUCGGUACCAAUCUAACUGCACUGAUGGCUCUAAAUUCCAAUGGACUAGAGAAUCGGGGAAGACACCCUCUAGAGAUACAGGGCCUUAUUUGGAUGGAAACGGAAAUCCGUAUGGCCAUUACUUACUGGUGGAGGCCUCUAAUGGAAUGCCAGGGGAUGUGACGCACCUGUGGUUCCCACAACUGGAGACAACAAAGAUUUCCAGUCUUCAUUUCAAGUAUCACAUGUAUGGGGACCAGAUAGGAACACUGUAUGUUGUAACCCAAGUCGUCAGCACUGGAGUCAGUACGCGGCAGUGGUCCAAGACUGGCAACCAGUGGCAGUACUGGCACAAGGAAUGCAUCACACUACCAGUUUCUCCCAAAUUUGAACUGUUCUUUGUGGCCCUUAAAGGCAGUGGUCAUCGAUCUGACAUGGCGCUGGAUGAUAUUGUGUUAAUGGACACUGUCUGUCCAGAGACAUCAGUUAACUGUGGUUUUGAGGAUGUCUUCUUCUGUGGUUACAUGAAUCAGAGCAGUACACCAUGGACACAGGUAGACUAUGCUGACUCCAUCUACGAAUCGUCUUCUACAAACAGAGCAGGUCAUUACAUGGCAAGUUUAUCCAGUGGCACUUCUUUUAUGAUGUCUCCAAGAUAUACACACUCCGGUGGUAAGAGCUGUGUUCAGUUUGAGUACUUCACACAUCAGGGAGGAUCAAAUACUACACUGUCAGUCCAGCUGCUGGAGGAAUCGGAGAAAGGCACUGUCAGGAGUAUGUGGAAGAAGACUGUGACCACUGAUGGAUUCUGGCUCAAUGGACAGUUCGAAUUUGAUCUUCCCACAGGAAACUUUCGGGUGGCUUUCGUGGCCGAGUCUGGUGAUGGGAGUAUCGCAGCUGUUGACAAUGUCACAGUAAAUAAUGGAGGCUGUCCAAAACUAGAGUGCCCUAGAGGUCUUUUCUCCUGCUCCGACCAGUGUAUCUCAAAUAACUAUGUGUGUGACAAAAUUCCUCAAUGUCCAAAUGAAGAAGAUGAAACAUUGCAUUGUGUACGGAGUAUAUCGUGUGGUUUUGAGGACUCCUACCACUGUGGCUACACCAAUGUUUCGUACUUGCUUCCUGUCCACUGGCUACAGAGUAUGAGAGUGGAUGGAACCGUCAUUGUGGACCACACUAACUCUAGCAACGUUAACGGCUCACAGGGUUAUUUCCUGGGAUUCCAGACUGUCUACUCUUCCACCAGCGCUUCGUUGUACGCUCCUGUAGAAAACAUCACCUCCCAGUCCUGUCUUAAAUUUUACACCUUUGGUAACAGAGACCUGAAUGUAGUCCAGUUGAGGGAGGGAAAUUUCAUUCAUGUGUCUGUACCCAGGAUCAAUGAAAGCACAAUCUGGAGGCCAACCCAGAUUCCUCUAGAGGCAGGUUCAUUGAGAUUGCAGUUCCAUUGGCCAGGAUUCUACGACAGGAACACGAGAUAUGCUGGACUGGAUGAUGUAUCAGUCACAAAUGGUGCAUGUCGAGAAUUAGAAUGUCCUGCCAACAUGUUUGCCUGUGGCACCACAUCGUGUUUACCCAUGUCAUACAGAUGUGAUCGUAAAGUUGACUGUUUGUCGGGAGAGGACGAGGUUGGCUGUCCUUUUAACAUUACCUGUGACUACGAGAGUAACAACUGGUGUGGAUACUCAGCUACGACAAAAUUCUUGAGGAGACAAGGGAAUUAUUUCUUUCUACCCAAUCAUGACCAUACUACUGGGAAUACUGCUGGACACUACAUAUACUUCAGCAGUGAAACUGGAGAUGUAGCAAACAUCAGCAGCCCUGUGGAGGAUCUGUCAGAUGGCUGUCUAUCAUUCUAUUACAACAUGGAGGGAGGACCCUCCGCUCAACUUAGUGUGUAUGUUUAUAGAAAUGGCGUAGGCACGUUACGUUUUGUCAGAGAUGGCGUGAGAGUGAAGCGAGACGAGUGGGUGAAAGGUCAAAUUCCAGUGAAGGGUGGCCGGAUCUAUACAGAGUUUGAAGCUUAUGUUUCUUCCUACUUUUCCAAACCUGGAGUUGUGGCAAUAGAUGACGUAAAAUAUGUGGAGGGAGAGUCGUGUCCAGAGAGAGCUUGCCGCAGUGAUGAAUUUCAAUGCAAAGACACGGGGGUGUGUAUUCCAGGCUAUCUUACGAUGGACGGUGUCUACGAUUGUCAGGAUAAUUCGGAUGAAAAUUCUUUGAACGUAAGCACUAAUAUGGUUCGGCUGGUAGGCGGUUUAGACUCUUCCUAUGGGAGGCUGGAAAUAAUUAACAACAAUGGAAUCUUCGCUUCUGUGUGUGAAUACAACUGGAAUCAUAACAGCGACUCGCAGGUUGUCUGCAAACAACUGGGAUACAGUCGGGCUGUACGAACAUACGAUAAAAGCGAGUAUGGUUUAACUCGCCUGAACAAUUACUACGGAUAUUAUUAUAAUUGUUAUGGUCACGAAACAUCCCUGGCCCAGUGCUCAAGAUACUCAAGAUACUCAUGCUCCAACACCAAUAAGUACUCAACACAGGCUCAGAUAUCCAUAGCCUGCUCCAAUACAGAGUGUAUGUCUGGGGAGAGGCCCUGUGAACCUGGAAAUAACAACACUGUGUGUGUCCCAGAGAAAUACUGGUGUGAUGGCAAUGUGGACUGUCCAGAGACCCAGGAUGAGGACUUCUGUGGUAAAUGUAAAUCUGAUGAAUUUGAGUGUCAAAAUCAUGACUGCGUUCCAUUGUCACAGAGGUGUGAUGCUAUGAAGCAUUGUUCGGAUGGCUCAGAUGAAUUUAGAUGUGUUCACCCAGCCUCAGGUAAUGCUAGUUCAGGUAUGGUCCAAGUUUGGAAGGAUUUCUCUUGGAGGACCCUGUGCAGUGACCACAUCACCCUGGAGACAGCCCAGUACUUGUGUAGUGUCACCGGAGGAGGGACAUUGAGAAAUUUCUGGCGUGGAAAUUAUAUCCUUGGAGGCUACCAGGCGUUGCCUACAAAUAAUCCCACGGGUGUAAUCCCAAAUCACUACGUGCAGGUCAUGUAUUCGUGUAAUGCACUGAUGCUUAGCUGUGGCUCCAUUGAAUGUGGUGUCCCAAGCUUGACUCCCCAGACUGAGAAUAUGAUCAUCUUUGGUAAAGAAGCACAGAAUGGUGAGUGGCCAUGGCAGGUAUCCCUGAGAUACAACGGUCGACAUAACUGUGGAGGGAGCAUUAUACAUCCCCAGUGGAUACUGACUGCAGCUCACUGUGUGGACAGUGGUUCCAAUUCUUAUUAUUCCAUUGGAAUGGGAAAUAUCGACAAUACCAAAUUUAGUGCUGAUGGCCAGGUGAUUAGUGUGUCUCAAAUUAUCAUCCAUGAGGAUUACACGGUCAGUUCGUCUCCGUAUUAUGUUGAUAUGGCCCUUGUGAAGCUCACCCGGCCUAUAUAUUACAACGAAAGAGUACGCCCAGUCUGUCUAGCAACUAAGAGAACAGGACUUCGGAACUGUUACGUCACAGGAUGGGGAACCAGUCACUAUGAAGGAGGCAACAGAGCUUUUCCCGACAUUCUUCAUGAGACCCAAAUACAACUAGUGAACAACACAGAAUGUCGUCGACUUUGGAGUAAGAAAUCCUCCUCUGUUGUCAUCCAGGACCAAGUUGUUUGUAUAGAUAACAAGGAGCCUUUCACCCCAGUGUGCUAUGGGGACUCUGGUGGGCCUUUAGUGUGCCAGGAUGACAAUGGUCACUGGAAGCUACUCGGAGCCACUUCCCGAGGCUCCAGUGGGUGCAUCAUUGAAGACUAUCUACCAGCUAUGUAUCAGAGUGUUCCAGAUGAAUUGGCAUGGAUAAAUCGUAAAACAGGUUUGAAUUUUGCUGUCGCUAGUACACCAAGACCUUACACAGGAACAUAUCCCCCAACAACAUCCCCAGCUAGCAGUCCUGAGUCUACACCAGGUCCUGUGUCUACACCGGGUCCUGAGCCUACAACAGGUCCUCAGCCUACAACACAGCCUACAACAGGUCCUCAGCCUACAACAGAGCUUACAAGAGAGCUUACAACAGGUCCUCAGCCCACAACACAGCCUACAACAGGUCUUCAGCCUACAACAGGUCCUCAGCCCACGCUGGGUCCUCAGCCCACGCCAGGUCCUGAGCCUACUACAACAAGUCCUUAGCCUAUAACAUCACAACCUAGUCCUGAACCUUAAGCAAUGAAUUGCAAAAUAUCUUAAAUAUAUAUUAUUUUACUAAAUGAAUUCAGGUGCUAUUUUGAUGGUGUUGGUGUGAAAUGAAUGUUAGAAUUUACAAAAACGUCAGUUUUGGAUUUUAGCUUUGUGUCAUUUGUUUGGACAGAUUUAGAACUAUGUACUUGAUACAAAAUCAAACCAGUGUAACAGAAAACUAACCAGUGAAAUAACUAUAUAUGUCAACUUUAAUUACAUGUAUAAUGAAUUUUAUUGAUGGUGUAGAAGUCACUAAUUUUUGUAGGAUCAAAUUUUCAGUGUUUAAGAAACUAGACACGUUCUUGUGGUCUCGGUUUCAUUGUUGAAUGUAAGAAGAGUUUUAAUUUUUUAUCAUAUACCCGAGUUUCUCUUGUUUAUAUAGGAAUAUUUAUAAUUCCAAUGUUUGUGCCUUCAAUAUCUUUACCAUUAUAAUGAUACCGUAUAUACUCGCCUAUAAGUCGGAUUUUUGAGAGUCAAUUUUUGGUCCAAAACUCUAUGUCCGACUUAUAGGCGUAUCCUAAGAAGAUUGGUAUUUUUCUGGGAGGCGUAAUGUAGUGGGUUUUUUUUUUUAAACAACUCCGACGAUUAUCAUGGACUACCACACAAAUGAUAAUUGUUCACAAAUAUCUAGACAUAGUGUAUUGUUUAUGUAUUUUAAAAUCAUGUAUAAAGUUCAAGUAUUUACAUAUUUUUGUUUAGUUAAAAAUUAUUUACCCGUAACUAAUACUUUCAAUUCAACUCAUCUAUCGUUUAUCGGUAAAAUUGAAUCACAAACCCAAUUUAAUAUUGAAAUAUUCAUAUGUAUACCGACUGAAAUAUAUUUCAUAAAAAAAUGAAUAUUGUUAACAGAUAAUUUAGAUCAUCAUUCUUGACUCUUAAAAACUCUAUUGUUGAUACAAUGAAUUAUACCGGAAUCCCACAGUAACAGUUUUCGCGAGGCGCGUGCCACUAAGUAAACACGGUGUCAGGUACUGGUAAUUAGGAGACCAUAAUUGCUUAGAUAAACAAGGGAUCAUUGCCCAUAACAGAUCAAAGGUUGCGUUUAAACCCCUAACACAUAUGGCUUGGAUAUUGAGCACCCCAUAAUUAUCAAUUUCUCAAAAUAUUUGUUGAAACAUGGGUAAAAACACUAGAGCAUUGACUUGAAAUUGUCAACUGAUUCUGACAAAAAUCUGUACCGACUUAUAAGCGGGUCAAUGGCAAAUUCCUACAAAAUAACCCUUAAAAAUACAACCGACUUAAAGGCGGACCGACUUAUAGGCGAGUAUAUACGGUACCCUUUUCCUCAUGAAUGCAUUGCAAUUGUGAAGAAUACACAUACAAUUUUUGAGGAAUUUUAACAGAAACGGAAGUAGAAUGUAAAUAGAAGGAAUAAAUUUCAGUUUUGAAAAUUCAUGAGGAUAUGAACUACACCACUUCAUGUUUAGCAUACUUCUGGUGCAGCACUAACACGACUCGGGCAAAGUAUGCCAGCAGUUCAUACCCUUCUGUAUUUUCAAAAAUGAAAUAGAUUUUAUGUGAGAAUGUCUGUAUCUAUAAACAACAACGAAAGAGUACCCUUGAAAAAUUUUAUCAUACAACAAAAUAACACCGUCAGUAGUAGACCGAGAACAGCUACAUAAUCAGGGAAUAAAUAUAUGGAAAGGUAUGUUUAAAAGAUUCAAGAAUGUCUUCCAUUUAUUGUUACAGACUUUGUUAUAUUGUAACAAUUGAGAUGACAUGCACCACUAAAUGUUUCCAUAAAAUUUAUUGCAUUAUUGUUGCAGCACUCUGUGAAAACUUUAUUUUGCUUAGCAUCUUUGUUCACCCAAUCAAUGUGUAUUUUGUUAUAUACCGGUAUUGUAUGUCUUCUUGAAUUCACGACAUUAUUAAUAUACCUCAGAAUCAUUUCUCCAUAUGCAGUGCAUAUUGGGUUUUAUCAUAUGAAAUUGAAUUGUCCAUGAUAUAUAAUGCUGUAUUUUCUUUAUAGAGCUUUUGCUUUAAAGGGACAUGGACACAAUUUGAACAGAAAAUUGAGAAAUUUUAUUUUCCACAUUUUUAAUGCUUAAUUAAGGUAUUUCUAAUUGUCAGCAAAAAUUUGAAUGUUCAGUUCAAAUGGUGUCCAUGCCCAUUGAAAAAUUGUACUUUCGUUUGUCUUAUAUUCAGCUUACAACGAGAGCUUUAACGUGAUCAUUUCACUUUGUUAAAAAUAUUAUAUACCAUUAAAACACUUUACAAUAUAUCUGAAA